AUGAGUGCACGAGUACGGCCCCCAGUGCCCGGCAGAUUCAGUAACCAUGUCGACUCUGGCGGAAGCCGAGAUGGUGCUGUAUCUUGGGGCGCAUACAAUCUCCGGGCGAGGAAGAUUUCCCGUCAAACGACUCAAGCGAGAUCCAUGGACACUGAUGAUACCCUUAGUGAUAGUGAUAGUUUAUAUACCCCCGGAAACGAUAGACAAAAAUCAAUACCCAACAUUUCACACCAGUCUUUAUCUUCUUCAUUAUCAUCAAGUAGCCAAUUGCUGAAGGAUGAUGCACAGAAAAUAACUCCUGUUAUAUAA